AUGCUACAAGAAAAGCUUCGCGUCCUUGUCGUUGGCAGCGGUGGGCGUGAACAUGCAUAUGCAUGGAAGUUGAGUCAUUCCCCCUCGGUAGAGAAGGUCUUCUGCGCCCCUGGAAAUGGCGGCACAGAUGGAGGAGCUUCCUCCAAAAUGUCCAAUAUCUCCGUCAAAGGGGAUGAUUACCAGGGACUGGUAGUGUUCGCUAAAGAGAACGGGGUCAAUCUUGUUGUUCCCGGUCCAGAAGCUCCCCUUGUUGAUGGCAUUCAGGAAUACUUCCAGGCUGUCGGCAUUAGAUGUUUUGGACCUUCUAAGGCUGCUGCUCGUAUGGAAGGGUCCAAAGCCUUCUCAAAAGACUUUAUGAAGCGCCAUAACAUCCCAACAGCUCGAUAUGGAAACUUCACCGAUUACAAGGCCGCCUGUCAGUAUCUUGGUUCUGUUGACCAUGAUGUUGUUAUCAAGGCUAGCGGACUCGCCGCUGGUAAAGGUGUCAUUAUCCCCCAAAACAAGGAGGAGGCACUCAAGGCCCUCAAGGAAAUCAUGGUGGACCACCAGUUCGGAGAUGCAGGCGAUGAAGUUGUGAUUGAGGAAUAUCUUGAGGGUGAUGAGCUUAGUAUUCUCACUUUCUCAGACGGCUACACCAUCAGAUCGUUGCCUCCUGCCCAGGACCACAAGAGGGUAUUUGACGGUGACCAGGGCCCCAAUACUGGUGGUAUGGGAUGCUACGCCCCAACCCGAAUUGCCUCCAAGGCUGUUAUCGAGGCUAUUGAUAGAACCAUUGUCCUGCCUACGAUUGACGGGAUGAGGAAGGAAGGCACACCAUUUGUUGGAAUACUGUUUACCGGGUUAAUGAUGACCAAGAACGGGCCUAAGGUAUUGGAGUACAAUGUCAGAGGAGGAGACCCAGAGACUCAAACGUUACUGCCACUUUUGAGUGAUGACACUGAUUUAGCUGAAGUUAUGGUUGCCUGUACAGAACACUGGCUUGAUGGAGUAACUCUCAAGGUAGAGUCUAAGUCGUCCGCCACUGUCAUUGCUGUGGCUGAGGGCUACCCCGGGUCUUACGCAAAAGGUAGAGAUAUCACACUCGACAAGACUGCAGACAGUACCUUGAUCUUCCACGCCGGUACCACGCUUGCUGACGGCAAGCUCAAGACCUCUGGUGGGCGAGUCAUUGCUGCGACUGCAACAGCAGACACUCUUGAAGAAGCCGUAAAGGCGUCGUACUCCGGCAUCUCCACAAUUCACUUUGAUGGCAUGCAUUAUAGAAAGGACAUUGCCCAUCGCGCGUUUAAAACAUCAAAGACAUCAACUACCCAAGAAUCACUAACAUACGCCUCAGCGGGUGUCUCCAUUGAUGCUGGCAAUGAACUUGUCAACCAAAUCAAGGCUAACGUGGCUCGAACUCGCCGCCCCGGAUCUGACGCCAUCAUCGGUGGAUUUGGAGGUGCAUUCUCCUUAUCAUCAUGCAAAUCUGGCUUCCAUGAAUCCUCUCCAACUCUCAUUGGAGCGAUUGAUGGAGUUGGCACCAAGCUUAAGAUUGCCCAUGAAAUGGGCAUUCACAACACAGUGGGCAUUGACCUUGUCGCUAUGAAUGUCAAUGACCUGGUGGUUCAGGGUGCUGAGCCCCUUAUGUUCCUCGACUGCUAUAGCUGCGGGAAACUUGAGGUCGAAGUUGCGGCCGCAUUUGUUGCUGGUGUUGCCGACGGAUGUGUGGAAUCCGGUUGUGCUCUAGUUGGAGGUGAGACUGCGGAGAUGCCUGGUCUUUUCACCGACAACAGCUACGAUGCUGCUGGAGCUGCUAUUGGUGCUAUCGACACCUCUAAAAAUCGUCUACUUCCAGACACAGAGGGAAUGAAGCCUGGUGACGUGCUUCUUGGUAUCGGCAGCAGCGGACCACAUUCAAAUGGUUUCUCACUCAUCCGGAAGAUUGUGGAGAAGUCGGGACUCUCUUAUCACGACCCUGCACCAUUCAAAAUGGGUAAAGAGUGCGCGAACUUGGGUACAGCCCUGCUCACUCCAACACGCAUCUACGUCAAGCAGCUACUCGCUACUAUAACCAAGUUCCCUCAGGGAGCAGUCAAGGGUAUGGCACAUAUCACCGGCGGCGGCCUGGUCGAGAACAUACCUCGUGUUCUGCCCAAGAACCUUCAGGCUGACAUCGACGUUUCCUCCUGGCCUCUACCCGACAUCUUCAAGUGGUUGAAAAAGACCGGCAAUGUAACAGGGUCAGAGAUGGCGAGGGCAUUCAACAACGGUAUUGGCAUGGUCGUCGUGGUUGACGAGUCUCAAUCCGCUAGUAUCAAGAAGUAUCUUGAAGAGCUCAAUGAGACGGUCUAUGUUAUCGGAAAGUUGGCUGCUAAGGCCGAUGGAGAUGAUAAGGGAUGUGUGCUCCGGAAUAUGCAAACCUGGGACGACUGUUAG